CAUUCGUGUUGAAAAUUUGCGAAAAAUUGAGUGAAAUGUGCUGUACCAAAAAUUGGAAGUUGUUGAACUUUUGAAAUAUUACCUCGCUUUUAUUUUUCAUGACAUCUUUAUCAUUUUGUUGAAUAAUUUCCCGUAUCUAACGAGUUUUUUAAAUUUAUGGUCAACAUAGGCAUGCCGGGCAUACGGUCAUUACUAACGAGUAAAUUUAUUGCUGUUGGAUUCUGUCGAGUCAGUAAUCGUGCAAAAUUUUCCACUUCUCAAAAUCUAAUGAGUACUCCAACAAUACCAAAAUUUGAGACGCUCAACGUUUCUUUGCCAAAACCAUGGGUAUAUCAUGUCGAAUUAAAUCGGCCAGAAAAAUUAAACGCCAUGAGUAGCAUUAUGUGGAACGAAAUGCAGCAAUGUUUCGAAGGCUUGAACAAUAAUGCUGAUUGCAGAGUUAUUCUUUUAUCUGGAAGUGGAAAAAUAUUUUGUUCCGGUAUCGAUUUGCAGUCUUUUAUGGAAUUAGGUCAAAAAUUCAAUCCAGCUGACGACAUUGCUCGAAAAAGUAAAAUAGUUUACAACUACAUCAGGUCAUUUCAAGACUCUAUAUCUUCGCUUGAAAAAUGCAUGAAACCUGUGAUUUGCGCCGUUCAUAAUGGUUGUAUCGGUGGAGCUAUUGAUUUGAUUACUUCUGCUGACAUACGAAAUUGUUCCAAAGAUGCUUGGUUUCAAAUUAAAGAAGUCGAUAUAGGAAUGGCAGCUGACGUUGGUACUUUACAAAGAUUUCCUAAGAUCAUUGGCAGCGCUAGUUUAGCCAGAGAACUUAUUUUUACCGGUCGAAAAUUUACUGCAAACGAAGCGAAAGAAUGGGGAUUAGUCAGUCAGAUUUACGACACCAAAGAAACUUUACUCGAAAAUAGUCUGAAUUUAGCAGAAAAUAUUGCAAAAAAAAGUCCAGUUGCAGUUCAAAUGGCGAAAAAAAGUCUGAUUUAUUCUAGAGAUCAUUCUGUUGAUGAAGGAUUGGAACAUAUUGCGUUAAUCAAUCAGACAAUGUUACAAAGCGAAGAUUUGCAGAAAGCAGUUGUUGCGAGUUUAACGAAGGAUGAUUCGAUUACAUAUUCAAAACUAUGAGAUUACUUAGCCAUUUUUAUACGAACUUUGUACUGUAUACGGGUAUUUAUUAGUUGUAAAAUAAAUAUUAUUGAGAUAUAA